GUGCAACAUUGAUUGCAGCAAUCCGCGGAUGUAACUGACCACCAAUUCUUAGGCCUAAGAUAUUAACGUCUGGUUAGUAGCAAAUAUAUCAGGCUGUAUUUAUGUGGUCCCGGUGUGGCGUUGACAGCCAACACGGUAUACUAUCGCUGCAGUCGAAAGUCUGUCAGUUCACUUGUGGUAAUGCAUCCGAUCGUAACACACAAGGGCUAUCUACGGGAAUAUCGAACUUGCACAGCUCCGUACUCCUGGGAUAUAAUUCAAUGAAACCGAAUACGGGAGCUACAAAGCCGUGGCCGGACAGAAGCACACGAUCUCACCACUUCAGCACUGCCCCUAACUCGUACUUUCUGCAUCGACGUCUCUUCGUCUUUGAGCUUACACUCGCUCGUUCUCAAUCUGUUCCCCAGCGCAUUAACAGGCAUGUUAGUCUCCUCGCAGUCAUCGACGCGGUCUCCCUAACCACUUCCUCAUACAUGCUAAUAAGGAGGCUAGAACCACAACUCACACCUCGUGCUGUUAGCCUGUUGCUAAGUAGCCUGUUGCUAAAUUGCGGAUUCCAAAACAUUCCUUUCAACACCAGCUCAUAAUUGAUAUUCUGUGUGCUUUUCGCAAGUCUCCAUCAUAAGGUAAGUGUAUCGCGUGUUGUCCAGCAGAUUUUUGGUUCAGGGCACAAUAUCGCUAUCACACCUGUCGUCAUCAAAGCGACAACACCAAGAGCCAAUACCAACACCUUGUUGUUGGCCGUGCUUUUAGAUGUCGCAUCGGAGAUCCGAUGCGUUUCUCUGCUACGCUGUCCUUUA